CGUUGAGUGUCCGGCCUAGAUUGUCCACAUCUUGUCUCGUGAGGCGUUGCGGCUAAGUUGUAAGAGGGUUAAAAGUUUUUACUUUUAACAAAUCCCCUACCUAACGUACCUCAGUUUAUUGAUUGUGUCUUAUAGAUACAUCUCCUUGUGUGACAUUCCGUGUUUUUAACGCCGAUCUUCGGUUGUUGGUGGUCGAUUUGAGAAGAAGACGCCGUUGGAACUUGAGAAAUUGAGUGUGCCCUGGUGUGUCCCGGUCUCAAGACGUGAAAUGGCGAGUGGAGGCGACGGAGAUGGGGACGAUGGGUUUUUUCCGCCACCGACGCCGCCGUUCCAGAAAACACGCCGUCCGUCCACCCUGUUGCCGGACACCGAGGAGAGUGUAACCCAGCAAGCGGAGGAUGUGUUCCGUAGCUACGCGUACCACCGCUUCCAGACCGAGCUCAGCAACGAUGGCCAGGAGAACGGCCUCUUAACACCGGCGAUGCCCGAGAUCAUGGAGGUGUCAGCAGACCCACUAAGCCCGUCCAUGCACGUCGGAAGGCAGCUGGCCAUCCUGGGAGACGACAUUAACCGACGCUACGAGCCGGAUUUCCAGCGCAUCCUCUCUCAGCUGCAACUCACGCCUGAGACAGCGCACCAAUGUUUCAACAAAGUGGCUGAGGGGCUGUUUGCGGACGGAGUGAACUGGGGCCGUAUCAUCGCCCUCAUGUGCUUCGGUUACCGUUUGGCGGUGACGGUGUUUGAGCGCGGAAUGCGCGGCUUCUUUGGCCGCGUCGUCAGCUUUGUCACCGGAUUCCUGCGCUCCAGCCACACAAUCGCACUGUGGAUCGUGAGCCAGGGAGGAUGGGUGAGUGAGAUUGCCGCGGCAGUCGUCUGUCAUUAG